AUGUUACGGAAGUCCUGCCUGCUUACUCUGGAAUAUAUACACGUGCUUGGGAUUGUCUAUAGCGACCUUAAGCCUGAGAAUGUCCUCGUGAGGGAUGAUGGAAAUGUAAUGCUCUCAGAUUUUGAUCUUUCACUUCGUUGCGCUGUCAGUCCAACUAUGGUCAAGACUCCAUCCUUGGAGUCGGAACCCUUGAGUAAAAAUUCUCUGUAUUGCGUCCAACCAGCUUGCAUUGAACCUGCCUGCAUUCAGCCAUCAUGUGUUACACCAACAACAUGCUUCUCUCCCCGUCUCUUUUCUAGCAAAUCCAAGAACCCAAAAAUGAAAUUGGAAAACAAGUUACCCCAUUGUCCGAGCUGA